AUGGGCUAUUCGUUAUACCAGGACCCGAUGCAAAGCCAGCCCAUUGAAGUCCUGUACACAGGAAUCGGCUACCGAUGGGCGCCCGACUCGUUCAGCCUGUCGGAUCCCGUAUUCCUGCGACACAUUCUGGUCAUGAUGUGCGUGGUGCGCAACAUGUUUCAUGUGUAUCUUUGCUGGCGGCAGCUGCGUUUAUGCCAAUGGGUUAAGGAGCUGCCAAGUGAGAUGCAAAGCGCCAUGUCCAAGGAGGACUUUCAGCUGGCGAAAGUUGACGAGGGACAUGCAGUUGAGCAGAAGCUACUCUCCUAUAUAUUUGAUGCCAUAUUCAGUUGCUUUGAGCUAUACCUUGGAGUUCUUCCAGCUCUUUGGAGAGUAAUCAUCAGAUUCUACAGCAUAGUUGAUGAUCUGAUCUGGCAGAGUAUUGCGUUUGUCUGGCUUUUUACCUCUUACAUGGUGCUACGUGGCCUACCGUUAGUAUUCUAUACCAAGUUGGUGCUGGAGCCCUUUUAUGAUGUCAGUCCGGAUAAAUCGAUACCUUUGGUGGGUCUCCUUUGCUCCUUUGCCCUGCUCAUUGUACUGCUGCAGGUGGCACUAAUUCCGCUAACGACGAUUUUUCUAUUCAUCGAAAGUCAUGGCGGAUCUUACUUUGUGCUUUGGAUUUGGGGAUUUCUGUUUGUUACAUCUCUGCUGCUUUAUGUACUUAUCAACUUGUAUGGCAUUUCAUUCUUUGGUCAGCAAUCAAAGCUACCAGAAGGCGCCUUGAGCAAUGCCCUCAAGGAUCUGCUGCCGAAAUUCGAGUUUCCAACCGACUGUGUCUAUGUAAUACGUACAUUUUCAUCGAACAACGCGACGGCCUAUGCCUUUGGCUGCUUCUGUAGAAGACAAGUGGUCAUAUUGGAGAAUUUGUUUUGGAAUCACGGCAGGCCAGAGUCGGAAUUGCGGCCGGAGGAGAUCGGUAAGGGCUUGACGGAUGACCAGCUGAUUGCCUAUAUUGCACAUGAACUAUCUCAUUGGUACUUUCAACACUCUCGCAAAGUCUUUUGCAUGGCGCAUGCCACACUCCUCAUGUAUCUGAUUAUAUUUGGCACCUGCUACAGACAGUCCGUGCUGUACGAGGCUGCGGGAUUUCCAAAAACAUUCUAUCCACCCAUUGUUGGCUAUUGGCUGGUGUAUAAGUAUGUGAUGCCAUUGUAUGUGACAAUUACCAAUUGGAUUGUCUAUUAUUUUAUGCGAAGAUUUGAGUUUGCAGCCGACAAAUAUACAUGCAAAUUGGGAUUCAGUUCGGAGUUAAUCUCAGCGCUGCUCAAACUGUUUAGCGACUAUCGCAUGUUCCCUUAUGUGGAUCCGUGGUUCCUUAUGUGGCAUCGCAUAAAACCCUCGUAUCUGCAUCGUGUCAAGAAACUAAUUCGAAUGCAAACCACAUUUGUACCCGUUGAAAAUGUGUGA